CUGCGGGCGGGGCGGAAGGCGGCGCCGGGCUGUGGCACUCGGGCAGCCGGAGCCCGCGGGCGAUGCUGCAGCUGCGGGACGCGGAGGAGGGGGACCCGGACGGGGGCCCCGCCGGGGCGGCGGCGCUGCUGGUGCCGGCCGAAGCCGACGUGCCCUUCAGCCCGCCCGCGGACUCGCUGCCGCCCCGCCAGACCCUGCGGCCCCUCAGCGUCCGCAACCCGACCCGGGGCGGCCGCCUCAAGGAGUACUUCGUGUUCCGGCCUGGAACUAUAGAGCAGGCAGUAAAUGAGAUUCGUGUUGUUGUGAUGCCCACUGAAGAUGGAGAGGUACAAAGUGUGUGGUUGCUAACGGAAGUUGACCACUGGAACAAUGAGAAGGAGCGUCUGGUUCUUAUCACUGACUGGUCCCUUCUGAUCUGUAAAUAUGACUUCAUCAGCUUGCAGUGCCAGCAGGUUACUAGAAUAUCACUCAGUGCAAUUGACACCAUUUCCGUUGGAGAAUUUGAGUUCCCACCUAAAUCACUGAAUAAGCGAGAAGGCAUUGGUAUUCGAAUUCAAUGGGAUAAGCAAAGCCGUGCAUCCUUCAUAAACCGAUGGAAUCCAUGGUCCACAAAUGUGCCCUAUGCUACUUUUACGGAACAUCCAAUGGCAAAUGCUGAUGAGAAGAUUGCAUCCCUUUGCCAAUUGGAAAACUUUAAGACUCAAUUAAUCCAAGCUGUGAAGAAGGCCCAUAAAGAGUGUCCAUUGCCAGGGAGGGCCAAUGGAGUACUAGUGCUGGAGCGUCCUCUUCUUAUUGAAACUUACGUGGGAUUGAUGUCUUUCAUCAACAAUGAGGCCAAGCUUGGCUAUUCGAUGACAAGAGGCAAAAUUGGAUUUUAAAUUCAUUGUAAUCAAUCCACUUAAAGGGAAAGUGAUUUGAGAUUAGUAUCAUGGGGAAAGAGUUGGGAGAACUCAGUACAUGACAGAAAAGAACAAAAAUGAAUAAAAUGUCGGAUAAAAGGGAUUUGUUAGUUGCAGAAUGAAUGACUUCCACAGAACAGUCACUACUGUUAUGAAGCUCAUAGAUGGCUAAGUCAGGUAUUGAGUUCAGGUGGUCACGGGGUAGUUGCUUUCUUAGAGUACCUGGAUUUAACUUACUGUCACUAUUUGUAUGCAAGUCUAGUGAGCAAUGAUAUUUCCUCUUACAUUUCUAGCUAAAGGUCUUUCCUUACUAAGUGUGACUUAUCUGUGACAAAUAUUCCAUAUCAAUAUCCAAUGUAGAUACGGUGCAUGUUUAUGCCUUAUAGCUAUAUUUACAUAAGGAUUCAAUUGCAAUGAAAUUAUUUCAUGUGCAGUUGAGACUGAUUUUAUAUUGGCUAAGAAGGUACUAAUGUCUAGACUACGGUAAUCUCAGGAAUUUAAUUCAGUGUCACGAAUUUUUAAAGAACUGUCAUUCUUUAGCAAAGACAGCUAAUUCGGUCAAAACUAGAGUGUUAUGCCUUCUCCUAACCAGUGGAAUUGAACAAUUACUUUGUAAGUUGAAGUGUUGUUUUGAGUAAUGUUACUGAUCUCUUUUAAAUAGCUAUCAAACCUGAAUCUGUAUAAUUUGCAGGUUUACCUUAUUUAAGGCUUCUCUUUGCAGCCAUCUAUUAAAGAAAUAUCUUAAAAUAGAAUAGCCAAAAAUUUCAGACAGUUAAAGGAUAUCUUUGCCUUCCUAUGAAGUUACUUUUAAUGCAACAUGGGAAUGGUAGUUUUAUAAUUAAAGGGAAUUCUACUUUGAGUAGUUUUAUAUUUCUUUAGCAAACAUA